AUGAUAAAUAAAGAAAUGAUUUGUAAAAAUGAAUUUAAUUCAAUAAAAUCGAAUUAUAUUCCAAAACGUCUUAUUCUUGCUAUAUUAACAUCAUUUGGUUUACUUAUUUUAACUGUUAUUCAAACAAAUUUUGCAAUUACAAAUUCGUUAAUAUUAAAUCCACAUCAUUCAAAAGAUGUUAUCAUCGAUGACCAUCAAUUACCAUAUACGACAUCAAAACUAAAUUGGACAUCAGUUGAAUUAGGUUAUCUUAAUUCAAUAUUUUAUCUUGGAUAUUUGGUAAUACAUAUUCCAGCUGGUUUUCUUGUUCAUAAAUUAUCGGCAACAAAAAUAUUUCUAUAUCCAUUAAUAAUAUUAUUUAUAUUAAAUAUGUUAAUGCCAUUAUCGAUAACUCGAAUACCGUCAACAUAUAAAUUAAAUUAUUAUAUAACUGCUUUUGUUAGAUUAAUUCAAGGACUAUGCGCAGGUUGUGCUUUUCCAUCAUCACAUGGUAUUAUUGCUAAUUGGUGUCCACCAGGUGAACGUGGAAGAAUGGGUGGAUUUAUUUAUGCAGGUCUUUAUGCAGGUCCAGUUGUUGGUUUUUUCUUGGGAGGAUUUACAGCAAAAUAUGCAGGACAUUAUUCAAUUUAUUAUGUAUCAGCUAUUCUUGGUUUAAUAUGGUCAUUAUUAUUUAUUUAUUUAAUAUAUGAAAAACCAAGUGAACAUCCAACAAUAUCUAAAGAAGAAUUAAUUUAUAUAGAAAAAAGUAUAUAUGAUGUUAAAUAUAUCUAUGAUGAAAAAGAAACAGAUUCAAUUUCUAAAGUUCCAUGGAAAAUAAUCUUAAUAUCAUUACCAGUUUGGUCAAUAUGUUUAGCACAUUUUGCACGUGGAUGGACAUUUUAUUUAUUACUAACAAAUCAACCAGCUUUUUUAAAUGCAUUUGGUUUUAGUGUUACAGAAAAUGGUACACUUGGAUCAUUACCACAUAUUAUGAAAGUUCUUGUAGCUUUAUUAAGUGGAUUUAUUGCUGAUUAUAUGCGUUUAAUUUUAUUAUGGUCAACAACAAAUGUUAGAAAAAUAAUGACUUGUACUGGAUAUAUAAUAGAAGGUAGUUGUCUUUUAAUCAUGUCUUAUGUCAAAAAUUCGUAUCUUGGAAUUGCAUUACUUACAAUUGGUGUUGGUUCAAGUGGUUUAAUGGUAUCUGGUUGGCAUUUAAAUCAUCAAGAUUUAGCUCCACGUUAUGCAUCUGUUAUAGCUGGUUUUACAGCAGUUAUUGGUACAUCAGCUGGUAUAAUUAGUCCAAUUGUUGCUGGUCUUCUUACUAAACAACAAGAUUUAAUUGGAUGGCGUCAUGUAUUUACAAUCGCAUCUUUUGUUCUUUAUAUAUGUUCAUUAUUUUAUAUGAUAUUUGCAUCAGGUGAAUUACAAUCAUGGGCAACACAAUAUCCAUAUAAACAAAAAAUAAGAUUAAAUUCCGAAAAAUUACCAGUAUUAAUUAGUUCAUUUCAACAUGAUCUUCAAGAAAAUAUUUCGCCAAUAAAACAAGAGAAAAAUCUCAAACAAUCAUCUGUUAAUCGUGAUCAUUAA